UUCCUUUCUCAGGGACCUGUACCAAUUUGUUGAGUGCAGCAAAUUUUCGUUUUCUGAUCUCCAACUCACGGUGGUACCAGAAGCCCCUCUUUCAACGAACUCGGGAACCUCCAAAGGCAAAGCGAGAAAGGAAUCCAGCAGCCCGCGGCGAUGCAGCAGCAGCAGAUGCCUAUGCCCCCGGCGGCCGGCGUCACCACCGAGCAGAUCCAAAAGUAUUUGGAUGAAAAUAAGCAACUUAUUUUGGCCAUCCUGGAAAAUCAAAACUUAGGAAAGUUGGCUGAAUGUGCUCAGUAUCAGGCUCAACUUCAGAAGAAUCUCUUGUAUCUGGCUGCCAUCGCAGAUGCCCAACCCCAACCAUCACAAAACCCUGCAAGUCGCCCUCAGAUGAUGCAGCCUGGUAUAGCGCCAGGUGCAGGGCAUUACAUGUCACAGGUACCAAUGUUCCCUCCACGAACACCGUUAACCCCGCAACAGAUGCAAGAGCAGCAACAGCUUCACCAGCAGCAAGCACAAGCUCUUCCUUUCCCUGGACAGAUGGUCAUGAGAUCAGCUAACGUCAACGGCAUGCAGCCUAUGCAAGCUGACCCCGCUCGCCCAGCCGACCUUCAGCAGUCAGCCCCUGUUCCUACAGAUGGGCGAGGAGGCAAGCAGGAUGCAGUGGCUGGAGUGAGCUCAGAACCUUCUGGCACUGAGAGCUACAAAAGCGGAACUGGAGCGGAUAAUGAGGUGGGUGGUGACGCAUCAGAGAAAUCCUAAGUUGAGUAGCCUGUUAGAGUGAAUAAUGCCUUGUAUACUAGCAACGAAAAGAAAGGAAUGCCACUCUGCUCGUGAAUGACAAUUAGUCGUUACCAGUUUACUCUGGUUUAGAGGACCUGCCUUAUGGAUCUGUAGAGCAAACUUUAGAAUGAUGAUGUAAUCUGUCUGAGAUUAUUAUCCAAAUUCUACAUUAUUGUAGCCCAUAUGGAAUAAUUCACCAGCCUGUUGUCCUAGUGGAUUUUACUUCUGUUUGCCGGCUAAUAUCAUGGUUUCCAGUAAA